UAUUCCCGGCUUCCGUCGAGUUCGCGUGAAAGCGCUUGACGUCAGCAUAACAACAACCUGUCAUGACAGCUCGUAUGGAGGGGAAAAUAAUCGAUUAAAGAUUUGAUAUUAAGUUACAUAAAACUGGUUUCAUCUGGAUGUGAGAUUCCUGUUAUAAGGACGGACAGGGUGUUCUUAAACCUGUCGUUUAGCCAGCCGAAGAGACGGGGAACAGGAUAGGGAAGCAGGGCGAGGCGGGCCCCGCGGAGCCGGUGGAGAAGAUGGCCGGUAGCCCGGAGAAGAGUUCCACCGCGCAGGAGCUGAAGGAGCAAGGAAACCGGCUGUUCCUCUGCCGCAAGUACCAGGAGGCUGCUACGUGUUACAGUAAAGCUAUUAACCGUAAUCCAUCUGUGGCAGUAUACUACACCAACAGAGCCCUCUGCUAUGUGAAGCUGCAGCAGCAUGACAAAGCUCUGGCAGAUUGUAAGCAUGCACUGGAACUGGACAGUCAGUCAGUUAAGGCACACUUCUUCUUGGGCCAGUGUCACCUGGAGCUGGAGAACUAUGAUGAGGCCAUUGGCAACCUGCAGAAAGCUUAUAACCUGGCAAAAGAACAAAGGCUGAAUUUUGGAGAUGAUAUCCCCAGUGCUUUGCGUAUUGCCAAGAAAAAACGCUGGAACAGUAUUGAGGAGAAACGCAUCAACCAGGAGAACGAGUUACACGCCUAUCUGACCAAACUUAUACUGGCCGAGAAAGAAAGAGAACUAGAUGAAUACAAAGAAAAACAGGAUGACAAUCAAAAUGGAGGUGACACCGCAAAGAUUGCUUCAAAACAUGACAAGUAUCUAAUGGAUAUGGAUGAGCUCUUUUCUCAGGUGGACGAGAAAAGAAAAAAGCGGGAGAUUCCUGAUUAUCUUUGUGGGAAGAUCAGUUUUGAGUUGAUGAGGGAGCCCUGCAUCACACCUAGUGGGAUCACCUAUGAUCGCAAGGACAUUGAAGAGCACCUACAGCGAGUUGGUCAUUUUGACCCAGUCACCAGGAGUCCCCUGACCCAGGAUCAGCUGAUCCCCAACCUGGCUAUGAAGGAAGUGAUAGAUGCCUUUAUUCAGGAGAAUGGCUGGGUGGAGGACUACUGAGGAGACACCUCCCAUUUCUCCUUCAUGCCCCAAUACCCAACACAAAGCCUGGAUAACACAAGGCUAUAGAGAACACAUCACCCCUUGCCUGGAUAUGUGCUUUACACAAGCAGGAAAAGCCACACUAUGGACUACCAAAUGGGAGCCACGUAUAUUGGUCUGCCCCCACCCCACCCCACCCAAAAAAAAAAAAAAAAUCUUCUCCUCCCUUAUCUUCACUGUUUGAGGCUCAGCAUUCAUGGCCUGCUGCUCCCUUUAAAACCUCUUUCGUUCUGCUCCUUCUAGUCUUUCUCUCUGACUUCCUCUCUGUCAUGAUGUUGCUAGUCUUUUCAAGCUUGACUCCUUUCUGUAAUCAAAUAGGGGCCACUUUCUCAGGUCUCUGUUGCGCCCUCCUUCCUCUCUCUAUCUCUCCCUCUUUCUCUCUUUCUCUGAGUGCCACAGUUGUCGGAAAGCAUAAUCAUUGCACUCGAGUGUUUCACACAAACCAUUGAUUAUUUAAAAAAAAAAAAAAAAAAAAAAGAAAAUCCACAUUUUGGUGGCAGAAUUGAUUAAAACAUUGGCUUUUUAUUUGGUGUUUACCCUAGUAUUUUGUAGUCAUUUUUCAUUAAAUAAUAUAGCAUUACUCCACUUCUUAAUGUACAUUUACUGAAGUGGUAACUAAAAUGCCAAAAACCUGUUGUGAACAUGGGUUGUUUGUAUGCAAGUUUUAAAUGGUUAUUGAAAAGGGAAACAAGUCCCUUUCCCAUCCCCUGGUGGAGUUUCAUACACCCACCUCACCACAGUGUAAGAUUUUGAGUAGUUUUUUUUUUCCUUCACAUAUCAGUCACACCCCAUUACAGACAAUUGAGAUGAAUUGAAUGUAUUAAUGAAUAUAUUCCUUAAGUUUGGAGUUGACCUUCAGUAAUUCAAGAUGCUUUUUAAAAAAAAAAAAUCAGGACAAUGUUAAGGUUUUCAUGAAAAACCUUGAACUGAAAGGCCUUUAACUGGAAACUGAAAAUGAAUGGCUGCAUUAAAAAAAACAAAAAAAAAAUUUUUCUCUUUGCUGGAUAACAAUUCAAAAUGUUUAAAUGUUUGAAUUGGACCGAUUACAUCAACUGCUUUGAAGACUGGUCCGUGCUGUCUGUGUCUUGUGCUGUUUACCUGGUAUGACAGUGGAUGCUCGCAUCAAGCAUGAAGUGAAAUAUCUUCUCCUUUGCAACACACAACAAAGAUAAACUGUUACUUUUUUUUUCUUCUUUUUUUCCACCUUCCCGCUGUUGAUUUUAUGCACCUUCUCCUCACAGCAUCACAGUUUUGAAGAAAACGGCUGCAGAAGCUUGUGGAAACCAAUCACCUGUGUGAAACUACCUUUUAAGUUUAAGGAAUUUAAAGUUCACUUGCAACACGGCCCCAACCGAUUUCAUAGAAAUGCUGGAAGAGUUACAAAAUCGUAUCUCGUCUGUACCUCAGUCUGAACGUUUGCUUUCUCUGUAAGCCACGUUUUUAGUUGAGUGCUGUUAGUUUACAGGCUUUUUCAGCUGAAUGUGUCCGUAUUGAAUUAGGCCUGUUAGUGGAUUGUAUUGGGCUGCAGGCGGUGUACAUAAUUUGCUGUUGUAUUUCAGAUUUUAUUUCUCAACAGAAUAGUUUUUUUUUUUCUUGAACUCCUAGAGCUUGAGAAACUGUAUUAAAUGUAGAUAUGUUGAUAACAUAAAUACCUGAUUCAGUUUUCAUUUGUCCCCAUUAAACCGUGAACUUUUAGAUUGUCUGUUUGUGGCGUUUCUGACACUAGAUGGUCAUUAAAGAUCAAAUCUACUAUUUUAAAAAAAGAAAAAAAAAAAAGGAAUACAAAAAUCAAUUAAAAA